AUGGCGGUCAAGGUCUACGUCGUGUACUACUCCACGUAUGGACAUGUUGGCAAACUAGCUGAAGAGAUCAAGAAAGGUGCCUCAUCUGUUGAAGGUGUUGAGGCUAAAAUAUGGCAGGUCCCUGAAACUCUCCCUGAGGAAGUGCUUGGAAAGAUGGGCGCACCCCCUAAGCCUGAUGUGCCAGUCAUCACACCGCAAGAACUUACAGAAGCUGAUGGAAUCCUCUUCGGGUUUCCGACAAGGUUUGGAAUGAUGGCAGCGCAAAUGAAGGCGUUCUUCGAUGCUACUGGUGGACUCUGGAGGGAGCAGAGCCUUGCUGGCAAGCCUGCUGGCAUCUUCUUCAGCACUGGAACCCAGGGUGGUGGCCAAGAGACUACACCGUUGACAGCGAUUACCCAGUUGACACACCACGGCAUGGUGUUUGUGCCUGUGGGCUACACCUUCGGUGCCAAGCUGUUCGGCAUGGACCAGGUUCAGGGUGGCAGCCCCUACGGCGCCGGCACGUUCGCUGCCGACGGCUCGAGGUGGCCGAGUGAGGUGGAGCUGGAGCACGCCUUCCACCAGGGGAAGUACUUUGCAGGCAUCGCCAAGAAGCUCAAGGGCUCUGCUUGA